CCAUGGUACGUUUCGUGGCGAAUAGCAAGAAGAAGCGACGCGUUGUUUCGUAUAUUUUGGUUGACAAUUAUCUUGAAAAACAUUUUAUUUCGAAUCGCAGGCGAAAAAAAUGUCAAAGUCUGCGCUAAAACAUCUAAAGAGCACGUGCCGCGUCUGCGGAAAGUACGCGAGCAACAAAAGAUCACCGAAAAUAUUCGACAGGACUAACACAAAGAUGGUCGACAACAUCGAGGCCCUCACUGGUCUGCGGCUCGAAAACUAUGGAUGUUUGCCGGACCAGAUUUGCGAAUGCUGCAACAUGGAAUUGGCGUCGGCCAUAAAGUUGAGAGAGCGCUGCCUCGCCGCACAAAGAGAGCUCCUCCAGGGAUUGACCGAGGAGCAGCGCCAGGGAAUCUCGCCAUUUUACCGUGCCGCCGUCAUGGGAGAGGAAGUUCAGGAGGUGGUUAAGGGCUCGAAACCAGAAGAGAAUGAAGAUAUACAAACCUAUCAACAGAUUGAGUAUGAGAAUCCGAAGAUGGAGAUUAUAGCCGACGGCUCCAAGAUUGAAUACGACACCUCAAAGAUUGAAUACGACAAUUCAAAGAUCGAGUACGAGAAUGUCUAUUUUGAGGUGGCCGAGGGCAAUGCUGGCGAUUAUGAUGAGACCUCCAUUAUUGAAGAGGCCGAAUAUGAGUCCCUUCUAGCCGACGACGACGAGAAGCAGCAGUAUGUGGAGGUUGACGCGGAAGCUGCUGAAAUGAUUGUUGGGGACGUCGCUGAAUCGUAUGUGUACGACUCGGACGAUGAAGUGGCCGUUCUUGACAAUGUUUUGGAUGAUGAAUAUGAGCACGAGAACAUAGUUGUAAAGAAGUCGAGUCUGCCACCAAAGCCUAAAAACCGUGGCGACGACUCACGUCGCCGUGCAACCGGAGGAGUUUACAUUUGCGAUCAAUGUGGUAACCAUAUUAAGGGUCGAAUGGCCUUUGAGCUACAUUGCCGUCGCCAUCGCGGAGACAAACAAUACGGAUGCGAGCUUUGUCAGUCGAGGUUCUGCACCACAUCAGAGCUUAAGCGCCACAUGCGGAAACACACCGGCGAGCGACCCUUUGCAUGCCAGUACUGCGGCCGCUGUUUCACUGAUUAUACAACACGUGUGAAGCACGAACGUACCCACACUAACGAACGCCCUUAUGUUUGUGGCACUUGUGGCAAGGCCUUCACCACUGGCUACAUCCUUAAGAAUCACAUGCUGAUACAUUCCGGCGAGCGAGCCUACAGAUGUGAACUCUGCGACAAGUCAUUUAUGCUACCCACUCAUUUAAGCACCCACUUCCGUUCGGGAGUGCACAAACGGCACCUGGAAAAGGCCGAAAUGAAGCAGGCCAUGGAGCAUGAGCUGAAGCGAGAACUCAAGGUGGAAGAGGAGGACAGUUUGCACAUCUAGACUGGAGGCGUUCUGAUAAGUAUAUGAAUGAGCAAGGCAAGGAUGACGAUGGCGCAAGCCAAAAAGCAUUUGUGCAAAACAAAACUUAAUGUGUUAGAAUUUAAUCAAGAAUAAACUGAAGCUUCAAAUCCAGUAA